CCAUACUUAUUGUAAAAAUUUGGCGCCACCUACAACGCCGACGUUUAUGUUCUAUGCCGCUUCCUCAAGACGAGUUUGUAGAGGUUAUGUAAAAUAUUUUUCAACAACAAUUUGUAAACAUGUCUGAGAAAAAGAAGGCAGACACCCAAAUGCCUUCGGAAGAAAGUGACCAGUUAAUAAUCAGGCCAUUGGGAGCCGGACAAGAAGUGGGGCGAUCGUGUAUUAUGCUCCAGUUCAAGGGAAAAAACAUUAUGUUGGAUUGUGGCAUACAUCCAGGUCUCUCAGGAAUGGACGCUUUACCAUUUGUUGAUUUAAUAGAUGCUGACCAGAUUGAUUUGUUAUUAAUUUCACAUUUUCAUUUGGAUCAUUGUGGAGCACUUCCAUGGUUUUUGCUUAAAACAAGCUUCAAAGGCCGCUGCUUUAUGACACAUGCAACUAAAGCUAUCUACAGAUGGUUACUUUCAGAUUACAUCAAAGUUAGCAAUAUUGCCACAGAGCAAAUGCUGUACACAGAGUCUGAUUUGGAAGCCAGUAUGGAUAAAAUUGAGACAAUCAAUUUCCAUGAAGAAAAAGAUGUAUUGGGCAUUAAAUUCUGGGCUUACAAUGCAGGACAUGUACUGGGUGCUGCAAUGUUUAUGAUAGAAAUAGCUGGUGUUAAAAUUUUAUAUACGGGAGAUUUUUCACGCCAAGAGGAUAGACAUUUGAUGGCAGCAGAAAUCCCAACAGUUCAUCCAGAUGUUUUGAUAACUGAGUCUACAUAUGGAACACAUAUUCAUGAAAAGAGAGAGGAACGUGAAAGCAGAUUCACUAAUUUGGUGCAUGAUAUAGUGAACAGGGGAGGAAGGUGUCUCAUCCCUGUUUUUGCCUUGGGAAGGGCUCAAGAAUUACUCUUGAUUCUCGAUGAAUAUUGGAGUCAGCAUCCAGAAUUGCAUGAUAUACCAAUUUAUUAUGCUUCAUCAUUGGCAAAGAAGUGUAUGGCUGUCUAUCAAACCUACAUCAAUGCAAUGAAUGAUAAAAUUAAAAGGCAGAUUGCUAUAAAUAAUCCAUUUGUAUUCAAACAUAUAUCCAACCUAAAGGGAAUAGACCAUUUUGAGGAUAUUGGACCUUGUGUAAUAAUGGCAUCACCAGGUAUGAUGCAGAGCGGUUUGUCCAGAGAACUGUUCGAAUCCUGGUGCACAGAUUCCAAGAACGGUGUAAUCAUUGCGGGUUAUUGUGUUGAGGGAACGUUGGCAAAGACCAUAUUGUCAGAGCCGGAAGAAAUAACUACGAUGUUGGGACAAAAAGUCCCCCUGAAGAUGUCGGUGGACUACAUUUCAUUUUCAGCUCAUACAGAUUAUCAACAGACUAGCGAGUUCAUUAGAAUAUUGAAGCCCCCACAUGUUGUGUUAGUACAUGGAGAACAGAACGAGAUGAGCCGGUUGAAAGCUGCAUUACAGCGGGAGUACGAAGACGAUCCCAACACUUCCAUCGAGUUGCACAAUCCACGCAACACGCACUCGGUUGAGCUGUAUUUCCGUGGUGAGAAGACGGCCAAAGUGAUGGGUUCGCUGGCUGUAAACCGCCCAAGACCAGGCCAUACCGUUUCCGGCAUAUUGGUGAAGCGCAAUUUCAAUUAUCACAUAAUGGCUCCGGAGGAUCUUUCUAAAUAUACAAAUAUGACUCUGAAUCAGAUCAUCCAGAGACAAAGCAUUCACUAUAGCGGUAACUUCUCCGUCCUAAGGUACUACCUGUCGACGGUAGCGGGCCUUUUAGAACCACUGGAAGAUGAUAAGAAGAUGAGAGCAUUUGGUGCCAUAGAUAUUACCAUCGAAAACAAAAUAGUGUCGCUCGAGUGGGAGGCGAAUCCAGUGAACGAUAUGUAUGCGGACACUAUUCUCGCCGCAAUUCUUCAGGCUGACCUUUCUUCUGACAUGCCUACUAAAAAUCUCACCACAAGCGUGAAACUUGACAGGAUGCAUUUUAAAGAAUGUCUAAUCGAAAUGCUGCAGGAUAUGUUCGGCGAAGACUCUGUCCCCAAAAUUUUCAAAGGGGAGAAACUGUACGUUACAGUUGAUGAACAUAGAGCCGACAUUGAUUUAAAUAGUUUGGAAGUGAAGUGUCCAACAGACGAGAUAUUCGAGCGAAUGGUACAAACAGCCGUCAGCAAAUUACACCUUAGUUUAUCACCUCCUCAGUUUGAUUCAACUACAUAAAAUGUUGUUUUUUGUUUUUGUAUUAUAAUAUAAUUAUUUUUAUACAUAUCUACGUUCCUAUUGUUGAGAAGGAAUUUUUGUUAAAAAUGUAAGAAAUAAAUCGUGAUAAUAAAUGCAA